UGCUGCCGAGCGUGUUCGUUUAACAUCUUCUCCGAAACGACUGAGGAAUUUUGGUGAAAUGAUGACUUUUCACAUGGACUGACCACUUACGAUUCCUAUUUGCACGUGUUUUAAUUUCUACCGCAGCUGUUGUACGCCUUUAUCAUGACGAGUGUUGUUCCACUCACCGAUAAACAACUCCACCAGCUGAGCAUCAGUAUCGGGAAGGCUGUAAAUCCUACGGAAACGCCCGUAAAAGAGAAACAUGUACGAAGUGCAAUUAUAGGUACACACCAGGAGAAGGGUGGAAUAUUUUUUUGGAUGUACAUGCUAAGACAGCCGUUGCAAGAGAAUCAAAUCGUCGCGUGGAAAUUUUGUCACGUGUUGCACAAAAUAUUGCACGAAGGUCACGACAAAGUGAUCUCGGACUCGCAACAGUAUCGCGGGAGAUUGGAAAAUCUUGGGAAAUUAUGGCAACAUCUGCGAGAAGGAUACGGUCCGUUGAUUCAGUUGUACAUAAGAUUACUGAUCACCAAAUUAGAUUUUCACAAGCGAAACCCACGCAUACCGGGAAAUCUUCAAGUUACACCGGAGGAACUGGAAUCCAUCGGAGAGAACGAUAUCAAUGUUUAUUUCCAAAUGUCCGUCGAAAUGUUCGAUUAUAUGGACGACAUUUUAAAUUUACAACGUGCAGUUACCACUUCUUUGAAGAACACACCCUCUAACUCAAUGACUGUCAGUGGACAGUGUCGGCUGGCUCCGCUAAUCCCGUGCGUCCUAGAUGCAUCUCAGCUGUAUGAUUAUUGUGUAAAGAUUUUAUUUAAACUUCAUGGUGCUCUACCUGCGGACACCUUAGCCGGUCAUCGUGACAGAUUUAACAAGCAGUUCCAAGAACUGAAGAAGUUUUACAAUACCGUUAAGCAAAGGCAGUAUUUUAAGCAUCUUAUAACGAUACCCGCGUUACCUGAGAAUCCACCAAAUUUUUUAAUACAAUCCGAGUUACGAACUUACGUUACGCCGAUAGUAGUAUUACCACCAGAGGAAUCAUUGGACUCUGAAACUGUCGUCGAUAGUCUCAUCGAUACUUCUGAUACAAGUUCGUUACCAGGUGAUCAACUAGAUUCCACGCGAAAUGGUUCGAUUUCACCGGACGCAAUAGCGGAAAGAGAAAGUCUCAUCGAUCAUUUACAGCAAGAGAACAAUCGUCAAAGACAAGAAUUACAUCGUGUAUUGACGGAUCAUCAACAGAUCGUGGGAGAGCUUCAAAUUCGUGUUACACAGCUCGAAUCGGAUUUACUUGUUAAAUGCAACGAAAUCGAACAGGAAAAACAAGUUAAUCAAGACUUUGUCAAGCAGAAAGCAGAUAUGAUGGUGAAAGUCCAUGAAAGCGAAGGAAAAUAUAAAAUAUUAGAGGAGAAAUUUCAAAAAUUGAAAGAUGCAUAUUCAAAGUUUAGAGAAGAACAUAUCAAUUUAAUUAGGAAGAAAGCUGAAGUGGAUAAACAAUUAGGAAAGCUGAAAAUGUCACAAGAACAAUCUGAGCGACGAACGGGAGAAGCAGAACGCCGUCUCGAGGAAUUAAUACAAGGUCAAGCUAUAACAGAACAAGAAGCGCAAAAAGCUGUCGAAGCUCAGCAUGAUUUGGAUGAUGUGAAGCGACAAUUGAAUGACACAAAAGCUGAAAACUUGGCUUUGAUUGCCAAAAAUGAUUUUAUAACUUCUGAAAAAACGGCUUUAGAGGGGGAUCUACACGAUUUAUUAGCACAGAAAGAAGAGUUAGAUUUAAAGAUUGAAAAGUUGGAAGUUGAAGCUGAUCGAUGCCGUAAUGAAAUGAAUACGUAUGCUGUCACCAUGUUGCACGAAUUACUAUUAAAUUGCAUUUCUGAAGCAGAAGAUAUUAUGCAAUAUUCAUUGAAUGCUGUUGAUAAUCCAGCAAUGUCAGAUUUAACUUGUACUCCGCAAUAUCUUGAAAGAUUAGAAGAACCAAUUCUAAAAGCGUUAGAUACUUUAGAUUCAUCGUACACCGGUUAUGUAUGCGAUACAACGAAUGGAAAAGUGCUCAUUAAAAGUGCAAUACAUGUUGCUUACAUUUUAGGACUUUACAUAAUUCAUGCAAAAUCUACAUCAAAUACGUCCAUUGAUAUCGCCUUGGGUGAUAAAUUGACUGACGAGUGCAAACAGUUAGGAUUACGAUCAUUAACGAUGUUUAAUUAUAUAAGAGAAAAAUCACCCGUCACUGUGGGCCAAAUCAACGAAGUAAAGCAACAAUUUAAAAAAGUAUGUGAACUUGCCGCUACAUUGUCUAACGCGCAAGGCAAUGUUGGAGUUAUUGGAAAUUUGGUAGAAAUGGAACUGUUGAGUAUGGAUAAAGCAAUCGAAGAAGCAGCAAAUAGAAUACAGGACAUGUUGACGAAAUCACGUGCAGCGGAUUCAGGUUUAAAAUUGGAAGUGAAUGGAAAAAUUUUAGACUCGUGUACAGAACUAAUGAAAUGCAUAAGACAAUUAGUUAAAAAAUCCCGAUUGCUGCAAGCAGAAAUCGUAGACCAAGGAAAGGGCACUGCCUCCGCAACAGAAUUUUAUAAGCGCAACCAUCAAUGGUCCGAAGGACUUAUAUCGGCAGCAAAAGCAGUAGCAAUGGGUGCUAAUUUCCUGUUGGAAGCCGCAGAUAAAGUUGUUUCCGGAAAUGGUAAAUUUGAACAAUUAGUGGUGGCAUCACAAGGAAUUGCUGCAACUACUGCUCAAUUGGUAGUUGCGAGCAGAGUAAAAGCCAGUAGAAAUAGCAGUAAUUUAGCUGCACUUUCUGAAGCAUCAAGGGAUGUAACACAAGCAACAGGAAGCGUUGUUGCAACAGCUAAAAAUUGUAGUCAACUUGUUGAAGAAAAUGAUGAUUUAGAUGUUACUAGGCUAACUCUGCACCAAGCCAAACGACUAGAAAUGGAAGCACAAGUUCGUGUGCUGGAAUUAGAGCAGGCUUUGGAGACUGAAAGAUUACGCUUAGCUGCUUUACGACGCUAUCAUUAUCGACUUGAAGGCGACAAAGAAUGA